AUGGCAGCAGAAGAGCCGGUCGAUUACACCCAAUUAACAAGCCUGUUCGUCGUAUCAACAGUAUUAACUAGUAUUUCUACUGUCUUAAUAAUUGUUCGGGUAUGGGUUCGAUUCUUCGCUCUAAAGAAGGCUAGCAUGGACGAUUACAUGGCUAUUUCGGCUUUAAUCUUUACGAUUGGUUAUCUCGUGGCCCUUUUCGUAGAGAAAGAUAACGGAUUAGGUUACUCAAUGUCGAUGUUGACAAAUGAUGAUAUGGAAUCACAACUGAAGAUCGCCUUUGCCGUUGAGAUAAUAUACUACUUCGUAAUAACAUCCGUAAAGUCGUCAAUCGUAUUUAUGUACGAUAGAUUUGCUAUCUCUGUUACAUUCAAGAGGAUCUGCCUCUAUACGAAUAUCUUUCUGCUCGUCUUCAUGGUUGUAUAUCUCAUCGUAACUGUCAUGCAAUGCCAACCCCUCCAAAAGGCGUGGAAUAUUUCACGGUAUACACCGGGCAGCUGUAUAAAUGUCACUGCGUUUUUUUACUUCUCCGCUACAAUUAACAUUGUUUUAGACGUUUGGAUCCUCGUCAUCCCUAUCCCUACAGUGAAAAGUCUCCAUGUAUCGAAAGGCAAUCGGCGUGUGUUGUUUGCUAUAUUUGGCAUCGCCGGUUUUGGGACUGCCUGCUCCUGUGCUCGAUUAUAUGCGAUCCGCGCUUACACCCAAGCAACCGACCCCUUCCGUCAUGGUGUCCUUUUAAAUCUCUGGUCUAUGGUGGAGAUAAAUAUUGCCAUCUGGUGCGCAUGCGCACCAGCUUUAAAACCAGUCUUCUCUCCUCGACGUUUCAUCUCCAGUCGAAAGACCUCAGAGCAAAACUCUCCCGAAAACAGCCAUCCUGUAAAUUCGAGACCGGGCGUUCAUGGCUCGACGUCGCAAUCACAUAUUGUCCCUAUACAUAACAGUAACCGUUCAUCUUCUCCAAGAGGUUCUACAAACAGUCCACAGGAUGUCGAACUGGGGCUACCCUAG